AUGAAUCAACAGCAGCAGCAACAACAACACGACAUGUAUUACGACUAUCCGACAGCGGCAAACCGGUCGCCGGGGUCGACGAGACAGGGUUAUGCUACCGUUGGCUUGCCUUCUGGCUUAGGGGGUAACCGAUCCGGACAGAGACAACUCGAGUCUAUCGGCCAGCAUAUGGGAUCUCCCUCUUUAUACGGACAUGAUGAUCGGGUCGGUGGCGCUCAAGGCUAUGAGUCUUUGUCUAGAUUUGACCGCGUCGCACCAAGUGGAAUGCAGUCAGGUUACAUGUUGGAGAAUAGUCAAACGUGGGGCUAUAAUGGCGGAGUAGCCACCAUGAACGGUCCCAUGAAUGGGAAUGGUAGGUUGGCGGUGAGAGCUGUAAAUCGACGAGCCGCUUUACCUACUACUUGGACUGAUCAAUCUGGGCUUGGCGUACAUUCGAUGCCUCAACUAUACGAUCCGAAUAUGUCGAUGAAUGGAAAUGAUCAUGAUUUAUCGAGCGCAGAUUCUAGAGGAAUGAUGGGAACACCAGGAGCAUCUGACGCUGAACAGCUUAUUCCGACAGCUAUUGUUAUCAAGAAUAUCCAGUUCCAAUGCCGGAAGGAAAUCCUUCAAGGUCUAAUGGCAUCCAUGAAUCUUCCACAACCCUAUGCUUUUAACUAUCAUUUCGACAAAGGCGUGUUUAGAGGACUCGCUUUCGCUAACUUCUCGACCGCCGAGGAUACUGCUAUUGUCAUUUCCAAGAUGAAUGGCUUGGAGGUCAUGGGCCGAAAGUUGCGCGUUGAAUACAAGAAGAUGUUACCGCAAGAUGAGCGUGAUCGAAUCGAUCGAGAGAAACGUGAGAAGCGAGGUCAACUGGAAGAACAGCAUCGGGCACCGCUUCCUAUGCACCAACAGAGUGCUUUACAAGCUCUCGGCGUCAGCGUCAACAAGCAACCCAGCAAUUCGCCUCUACGUGAUGUUGAUCUGAACGACCCGGCUACCCUCGAAUUCUACACGCAGCUCACCUUAUUCAAGAACGAUCCAUCCCGCGAAGCCCACAUUUUCUCUCCCGACGUCACUCCUGAGCAGCGUCGACAGAUACAUAUCCUCGCUCAUAAUAUGGGUUUGGAGCACAGGUCCGUCGGCGAAGCUGAUCGAAGACAGAUACAGAUUAUGAAGCGCCCGCAAAACUCGCCUCCUAUCCACACUCAGAGCCAACUACCUAAUGUCUCUUGGGAAGAUCACCGACGUGGUCUUAGCCGCGCCGCGACCUACGACUUUACAGAGUCUCGGAUUGGAUCUAGUGCCUACCACGCACUCGGACGGCAGGGUCCAACCCUGGAACUCCCUGGCAGUCCCGACAACGGAAUACCAAACAACCUGAGAGCUGCCAAAAGCUUCGCAGAUUUGCGCACCCACAGUCCUAGUCCUGCGCCCUCCGGCUCGAGCUAUGCCGGUCUUGGAAAUGGCCUUGGGGCCCGUUAUGGUGAUUUCUCCCAAACCUCGUUGACCACGCCGCCCAAUUUAACCCCGACGUCAGGUCAAAACGCCGCAUCGAGCACCGAAGCUUUGCUAGCGAACAACAUGAGUUCUAUGAGCUUAGGGUUUGAGUCGAACGCUUCUCACAUGCGCGCCAGAGAGACACCGGGUGCUAUCGGAAGUCAGAGACCUGGAGCAAAUGGAGCGGCGAAUCGUAACGCCCCAGACAGACAGCCGCGCGGCCCUGAAUGGGGUGAAGCCAGUCAGGGUUUUGCUGGGCGUAGUCGGGGCCAUAUGCAACGAGGCAGUGGUUAG